GAGACAUUAACUAAAAUCAAUGCCAGCUGUUCAUUUGUGUUUAUAGGUUGAAACUUGAAACAACAGUGCUUUUAAAAUGUGUACUCGCCCUUGUUUUGGAUUAACUGUGGCCUGGAUCAAUGCCGUUGCGUAUGGAAUUGCUUCGAUUGGCAUUAUCUCCGUACUGGCCAAUAAGGAUUUCAUGAACCAACUUUUCGCUGAUAAUCCUGAUGCAGCUAAAGUUUUAAAAGGUAUUUUAAUAACCUAUGUCGUCAUAACUUCCAUAAUGACGGUUAUAUCAGGUCUUCUUAUUGCUGGUAUUAUCAAGCGACGUGCUAAAUACAUGAGGCCAUUUGUUUUAGUUUCUUUUAUGACGGUUACUGUUGGAGUUAUUAUGGCCUUUGUUAAUGCCUUUGUUAGCAGUGAUAACCGUGUAAAGAAAUUCUUCACAUCAAUGCUGGCCGUGGGAAUUCAAUGCGGACUUUUAUAUCCCAUUUAUACUUUGUACAAAGAUAUUCAAGAGGAAAACCAAGGAACUGCACGGAUCACACAUUAAUUUAUAGUUAUAGUUUAGUUUGAAAUAUAGGUCAAAAAAAGGCCUAACUCAA